CACCCUCUACACCAACAUCACCUUAUCUUGAUCUGCAGUGCACCAAUCUUACUUUCCAAACCAAUGUCAGGUUCGAACCAACACCAGGUCAAUGUCCACUCACGGCUCACGGUCGUGUCCAGCAUCCCAACCGAGCCAACGGGUCACACAACUCCUCUAAACCCACUUGACCACACCAUGGGCUCUCAUUCGGUCCAUAUCAUAUAUUAUUAUCGAACCAGCCCGUUUUCGAAACAAGGCAGGUACGCUAUGGACUUGGAUAAUGUCCGAAUCGCGCUCUCGGACCUUUUAUCCAAGUAUCCUCGGAUGACAGGUAGGUUGGUUCGAGAUGUUGAUGGUAAGUGGGAGGUUAGGUAUAACGAUGCUGGAGUUAGGAUGUUCAAGGCUACUGUAGGGACCACUAUGGAUGAAUGGUUAAGAUCUGCUGAUGAAUCUGAUGAGAGGAAUCUGACAGUGUGGGAAGACAUGCCUGAUGGUAAUCCGACUUCAUGGUCACCUUUCCGAAUCCAGAUAAGUGAGUUUGAAGGUGGUGGGCUAGCAAUUGGAAUAAGUUUCCCUCAUCUACUAGCUGACCCAACAAGUGCAGUCCUGUUCCACAAAUCAUGGACCGACGCCGAGCACGGCGACCCCACUGGCCACGACCCUCCGAUCCUCAUUCUACCACCACUCCACAACCGUCCAUCGCCCACCACCACCGAAAACACAUCCACCACUAUCAAAUACUUGCAAAAAAACUCAAAACUAUCACCCAUUAGUUCAACAAAAAUGGCCACAUUUUCCUUCAAGUUCUCCAACACAAUGAUCAAGCAAGGCCUUUCAAAAUUUGCCGAUAAAUGCGCAAAUGCCACACCAUUUGAAUACUUGACAGCAUUGUUUUGGUUGCAAAUCAUCAAACUGAAAACCCUAAUGGCAGAUUCGGAUACACAUUCGAUAUCUUUAUGUGUUGAUGCCAGAAAACUUCUUGAUGUACCGAUACCUAUGAAGUUCUUUGGUAAUGCGCUAACUUUUUCGCAACUAUGUGUGCAAAACGAGGUGCUAAAGGGUGAUAAUGGCCUAGCAGAAGUUGUGCGGUUGGUGCAUGAUCAUAUUAAUGGGAUAAAGAAAGAUGAUGUGGUUUCGAUGAUCGAUUGGCUCGAGAGUUCUCCCGAAGCGAUAGAUGGGGUGUAUCCGAAAGGGGUUCAAAUGUAUGGCCCGGAACUAACUUGUGUGAGCUUGGAGCACUUGAUGGACCCUAAAGGUGAAUUUGAGUCAUUGGUUUAUGAGUCUAAGUUUAGGAACAAUGAGAAACCAGUUCAUGUUAGUUACCAUGUUGGGAAGGCGGAGGGUGUGGGUUUGAUCAUCGUUGCGCCUUCACCAGAGGGGGGGUUGUCGCGAACAGUGACGGUGACAAUGCCGGCUGAGGAGGUUGUGAAGCUUUGUGAAGAUCCGGUGAUAAUGGGAAUGGAGCCAACUAUGAUUGUAAGUGGCAGGAGAUAGUUCAUUACUCUUACAAGUUUGUGUGGUUCCACUCUUGGUUUAUCUUUCUAAACAUUUUUGUUCUAUAAAUUAAAGGAUGAUUGAUCAUUAUCUUUAGAUUUGCUAUUUCUUAGCAAACUUAAAAAAUGUUUAGAAGGAUUAAACAUGACUAGUUCUAGGUAUUUAUUAGUGAUGCUUGUAUUUCUUGCCCGGUUUGUGACUUUCAAAUAAAUUAUGUAAUGGGCGACUCUUAAAUAAUAUAUUUACCCUUGUGCUA